UUUGCUCAUUGUGUUUCUCGGUUCAGAGAGCGUCGAGCUGUGCAAGGAGAAAGUGAGGGACCAAUCAAGGCUAGGGUGUAUUUUUUUUAUACUUUGUUGACAGUUUAGCACUAUUGGGGCAGCAUAAUGACCGACAAAAUGGAUAUGUCUCUAGACGACAUUAUCAAGCAGAACAGGCAGCAGAGAGGUGGAGGCCGGGGAGGAAGAGGUCGGGGCCGCGGAGGCUCAGGCGGUGGCCGAGGAGGAGGCGCGGGGCGUCUUGGAGUCAGCGGUGGAGGAUUUGGAGGCCGAGGCGGCGGUUCCGGCCCUAUGAGGAACCGUCAGAACCUGAACCGCGGUAGAGGCAGACCAACGCCUUACAGCAGGCCUAAACAGCUUCCAGAUAAGUGGCAGCACGACAUGUUUGACAACGGCUUCAGCGGCUUCAAUGGUGCUGCUGGGGGUGGCGGAGGAGCUGGUGUGGAAACUGGAGGGAAGCUCCUUGUCUCCAAUCUCGACUUUGGGGUCUCAGAUGCAGACAUUCAGGAACUCUUUGCUGAAUUUGGGACCCUAAAAAAGGCUGCAGUUCAUUAUGACCGGUCAGGAAGGAGCCUGGGAACCGCAGAUGUCCACUUUGAAAGGAGGGCAGAUGCCCUUAAGGCCAUGAAACAGUACAAUGGCAUCCCACUUGAUGGGCGCCCUAUGAACAUACAGCUCGUCACAUCACAGAUUGACACACAGAGGCGACCUAUGCAGGGUCUUAACAGAGGUGGCGGGGGUAUGAACAGAAAUCGUGGAGGUGGCUUCGGAGGCAUGCAGAAAGGACGUGGCGGACGUGGUGCAGGCGGGUCCAGAGGAAGGGGUCGAGGUGGACGAGGAGGCGGCAAGCAGCAGCUUUCAGCAGAGGAACUAGAUGCCCAGUUAGAUGCCUACAAUGCUAGGAUGGACACCAGCUAAGGAACGAAGGUCCUCAGUUCUCCCUUCCUCUCUGCAUAGAAGGGUGGUUCUUAGACAUUUGCAGAAUAUUUUACACUUGGUUGUCUUCUAAAGUAAUGGAAAUUAUUGUACCGACCUCUUCUUUUAAAUGCUCCGAAGUGUUUUUUACCAGUAUUUUUAUUUUUGUUUUUUGUUUUUUUCCCCUUUUUCUGAUGAAAGUGGUUUUGGCUGUAGGUAAAUGUGAAUUGGGAUUUCCCAGUUCUUUCUUCUACCCUGUAGUUAAUGGAACUUGUAAUAAAACCUGCAGUGCAUAUUAACCAAA